GGGACGUGCGUGCUCACCUACGCCCCCCUCGACGUCGACGCCAUCAUCCGCUCCGUGGGCGACGACGGCGCGGGCGCUACCGCCGUCUUCAUCGGCACGACGCGGGAUUCGUUCAAAGGCAAAGUCGUCGUCAAACUCGAGUACCAAGCCUACUCCAAGCUCGCGAUCAAGACGAUGACGGAGAUCAUACAAGCGGCUCAGGUCGGCGCAUCGGCGGCGGGACGCUCUCCCUCGUCGCACGCGCCCCUUCCUCCCCCUCCUCCCCCGCCGCCAUCCACAUCACCCUCGGCCCUCACGGCGUCGGCGUCACCACCGCCACCCCCCUCGCUCCUCCUGCACACCAUCCUGCACCACCGCCUCGGCCCCGUCCCCGUCGGGCAGCCCUCCAUCGUGAUCGCCGUGUCCUCACCGCACCGGCGCGAGGCGUUCGCAGCGUGCGAGGAGAUAUUGGAGCAGGUCAAGAUGAGGGCUCAGAUCUGGAAGAGGGAGUAUUAUGAGGGG